AUGGAUUUGCAGUCUCCCUCAGUCCUGGCGCAAUUGCCGCGUCCCCUCCAUGCCGCAACCGGCAAGACUCGCAUCGGAGAUGUCAAUAGCCUCGCCGAUGCCAAAAAGCGCAAGCGUUAUGAACUUGCCGUCGCUGUCGAUGGCGAAGCCGUCAACAUUUAUAACAUUCAAACCCCUAAGCUUGUGACAUCCUACGCCGUCCCGCCGCAGUCCACAUUUUCUUGUCGUCCCUGCUCCUCAGCCGUCAAGAGACAAACCUACACUGCUGUCACAAAACCUGAGCACCAGAUCAAGUGCUUUGUGGAGGAGGUCGGCAACGGGUCGAGUGCGCCUAUGAUCUCGUCCUCCAGCACCACCAUCACGGAUUCCAAGAGCCCCACGACAUUUGUCGGCAUCGUCCCUUUCAGCGCCGAAGACGAAACUGAGACUGACCCCUUUGAUAUCCUCGCUGUACACACCGAUGGCCGUGUUCGCCGAUUGUCCUCGGACCUGAAAACCCAGCACUGGAGUAUCCAGCACAGUGAAAUUGCGAAAGUCUGCGCUACUCACACCGUUCACUCUUGUUUCCUGAUUGAUCUUGAAGACGCAAAGAAGGGCCUGUUCAAAAGGCGGCAAGACCUGACUGCUCUCGCGUUCGGCGACUCACCCUCGGCGGGCGUCGAUGAACCCUCCAUCUUGAUCAUUGUUUCUCACCCCAAGGAAGCCGACACGAUCGCGUUGCAGGAUGUCAAUAUUCAAAUCUUUUCCGUUCCCGCCAACUCCAAGUCCGGGUCCCGCGGUGUUGAAGAAAGCCAGCGACUUAAACACCUGCAGACUAUCCAAGUCCCUACUCCGGCAGGGCUUGAUAAAGUGAACAGCAACAGUCUUCUGCAGUGGAACUUCCACUCAGGAACGGCAGGUCUGCAGCUUUCCUUUGAGAAUGGUUUUGUGAACAUCGACCUGUCCCAGUACUCCCCGAGUGUGAGCUCGCAAUUUGUUCUGGGUGAGCAAUUCACUUCGAUCAUGCGGGUUUCGCCGCAAUGCGUCAUUGCAGCAAGUGAGUCGCUCGUCGCAGUCUAUGACACCCAGUACCAGUCCGUCCAGCGGAGCAUCGCCGCGAAAGAUGUGGUUUCGGGUACCGGAUCGAACGCGGACGGCCCCACCGUCUUUAUCAGCUACUUUGCCAAGCUCGGUAUCGCCAUCGCCAUGAAGGCCAAUACUCUGGUUGCAUUCGAUCUCACGUCUCUGCAUGGGCAGUCUGGCCCGUCUCUCAAGCGCUCGCGAGAUGGUCUUCUUAUCGACGCCAUUGGUCGAGGUAUUGGCUCGUCCGCUUCGCAGUGGGACAUGUCUAAGAAGCACCGAACUGACAACAUGGCUUCUAUGCAUCUCAAAACGCCCGAGCAGGCUGAAAAGUGGAGCCAAUUCACCAAAACAGUUCACGAAGCAACUAAAUUAUUGAAGCCGGAUCUCUUCGAUAAGGCGGUUCUCAGUUACUUUGGCACAUCAGAGGGAACAAAAGAGCUUCCGCAAGAGCAGGUCAGCCCUGAAUCGACGCUUUUCUUGCUGUCGAAGAUUUUCGCCGUCCAGGAUUCCGCCAUCACCGAUAAGGUUUCUGCAUCCUCUUCCUCUCAGUUGCGUGUGGUCCUUUGGCCCGCCGCCACCUGUGACUGGCUCAUUCAGAUCGGUCAUCUGUCUUUAGAUAACGUUGAAAUUGCCCUGCGGCGAGCUUGCAAGCCACGGAUACUUCAAUCAUUCCCAACUGGGUCCUUUGUUCAAGCUCUCAUUGACUCUGACUCUUCAUUGAAACAAGUCAACCAUGUCCUUGGUGGCCCGGCGCUCGUGUCCUCUGAUGAGCUGGCUUAUGCGCUUAAGUUCUUCCUGAACCAGGCACGUCUGCAUUCCGGCGUUUUGGAAGAGACUGCUCGCGCUAUCACGAACGGCGACAUUGCUACCCCUACCCAGGAGCUUACUCGUCACCUUGGAAGCGAAGUUGCCAGUUUGAAAGAUAUUUUCACAGGCCUCAAUAGGUCCCUCCAAAAAAUUCAUUCACAGCCGCUGGCCUCUGUUGUGAAAUCCCUUCGCUCCAUUCUGUCUCGGACGGAGCUUAUCUCAAUGGUACACCACCUACGCCUCUCCCUCGCCACUGGUGGCUAUACCUCCCGCUUCACCGAAAACCCCCCUACCCCCAUCACUCUCGUCCAGAUCACGCCUUCUCUUUCUCUCAAUACCAUUGUUGAUCUGAUCACCGCUUCCGUGGACGCUGUCGGUCCAUCUGGUUGGAUUUCUGCUCUUCCCGCCGUCAAUGACCUCGAUGAUGACUCCGACUCUGCUAUGGCUUCAGCAAGCCGUGAAAUGGAGCUGAUCGCCGAUAUGAAGUCCGAGGUGUCCGCUGCACUUGCUGGUGUUGAGGAGGCAACUUAUCUCAAGGGCAUCCUCCGUGAGUAUCUCCGCUUUGCGGAUCAGGUCGCCGAUGCCUCGGCCACUUCCACGGAUGCUGUUGCCAAGAUUGACGAUUCCGCCACUCGUGCGCCAUCUCACUUGAUUCGCUAUGAGAAGCUCAACGGCGCUGAUCUCAUGGUGUUCACUCGCCCUGAGGAGGGUGAGGAGGGCUUCGAUGGGGACGCGAGUGGCAAGAUUCUGCCGCUGUCUCUGAAGCCUCCUUCGUCGGACGUUUCUCGCACGAAGGUUCUAAACUCUACUGGCGAGAUCAAAGCUCGUACUAGUCGUGAGGUUGGAUAUCUCCGCCGCAAGGCGGCUGGCAAAUACUCUUUCGAGAGACUGGUUAUUUAA